GACACUAGAUGGCGAUAUAUCAAAUGCAACCCAAGAAGAACGACACUGAAAUCAACAUGGCGUCGUGCAGUCGGACUCAAGUGAUCUCGCUCUAUAGGAUGCUUAUGAAAGAGUGCAAAAAAUUCCCCUCAUAUAAUUACAGAACAUACGCACUUCGCAGAGUGAAAGAUGGCUUCAGGGAGAACAUUCAAGUUGACAACCCCAAAACACUGGAUAUGCUAAUAAAUCAAGCUAGAGAGAAUCUGGCGGUCAUCAAGAGACAGGUUUCCAUUGGCCAUCUGUAUUCUGCUCAGAAGACUGUUGUUGAAAGAGAGCAUCAUUUAUAAAUGUGUUCUGCAUCAGGAACCAUACAUUAUGGCUGUGAAUGACAAAUCUGUGUGGCCUAUGAGCUGCACCACUAGUCUACUGUCUGUGUAAAAUGUAAUGUAAUGUAUUACUGUAUAUUGUGAAUGUAUGUUGAUGUAAUAUUCUUUUCAGCUAUUAAAUAAGAUACAAAGCA